CAGUCAAAUCGGUAUCGUAUCGACGAAAACGGUAUCAUUUCCCAGUCGAGUCAAAGAACGUGAACAUGUCCAACACGACAGAAGACAAGCAACAAGUUUUUUUUUGUCUCCCCCAUUCAGGAAGUGUUGUCCAGGACAGCAAGACGUCAACAGACAGCACGGCAUGCACAGAAAACCUAAUGGAAACGGAUGCUUUUAUCCACAGCUCAACUGUGGAUCCUUUAGCGGAGUAUAAGAUGAGCAACAAACGACGAGGCCUUGCUCUCAUUUUUAACCAGGAGCGUUUCUUCUGGCGUCUGCAGCUCAACGACAGGCAUGGAACCAACGCUGACCGCUACAACUUGGAGAGAAGACUGCUCAACCUGGGGUUUGAAGUGAAGGCUUAUGAUAACUACAAAGUGGAAGAAGUCCUAGAAAUUAUCAAGAAUGCAGCUGCAGGAGACAACCAUUCUGAUUCAGACUGCUUUUUACUCGCCUUCCUGAGCCACGGCGAGAAUGACCACGUUUAUACCUACGAUGGCAAGAUUAGUAUUCAGGACAUCACAGCCAUGUUUAAAGGAGACAAGUGCAGAAGCCUCGUAGGGAAGCCCAAGAUCUUCAUAUUACAGGCGUGCCGCGGAGACAAGCACGAUGACCCAGUGACCGCUUGUGAUGCUGUGGACAGUGAAAUAAAGACAAAUGAAGUGGUUGUGGACGCCAGUGCUGUAUACACCCUCCCUGCUGGAGCUGAUUUCAUCAUGUGCUAUUCUGUGGCUGAAGGCUACUAUUCCCACCGGGAGACCAUCAAUGGGUCAUGGUAUGUUCAGGAUCUGUGUGAGCUCCUUCAGAAAUAUGGGGAUUCCCUGGAAUUCACAGAAAUACUCACGCUGGUCAACAGAAAGGUGUCCAUGAGAAGCGUUGGGCACGCCAGUGACCGAAAUGCCAUUGGGAAGAAGCAAGUACCUUGCUUUGCUUCAAUGCUCACCAAGAAACUAUACUUCCGGCCAAAACACUAACAGUUUCUCAUCUCACUCAUUUCAUUUACUAAUUUGCAGGGGCUUUUGGGGAAAAAUGAUAAAUGAUAGAAGUUCUUCUUUAGUUCCUCUUCUGUAUGCUCGGCUGAUAUUCAUAUUUCAUUUUUCAAAUCAAAUCAGUGGCUGUAAAAUAACAGGAAGGUUCAUUUCCAAUGUGAAUGUUUCUGGAAUGUUUCUGGAAUGUUUCUGGAAUGUGUUGGCCUGAGGCAAUCACUUCAGUCCUGGAACCUCAUGUCAUUCACUGUGGGAGUUCCAGUUUCUUCUUGAAAAGCCCGAUUUCUUACCUUUUUUAAAAACCCCUGUUUACAGGUGGGCUUUUAAUGACCGCUGUAUCUCAUUUCUAACAGGUUUUACACGCUGAUUUGAUCAGUUUGGACUUUUUUGGGCAGAUAAGGUUGUAAUGUAAUCUAAUACAACCACACCUAAACGCCCAGUUUAUGGGAGAGUCCAUAUUAAAUCUCAACUUAAUAAAGACCACACGGUGAAUCAUGGUUUGCAUGGAUUGGAUUGCAGUGUUGUGUUAAAAGCCUUCCUGUGAUUUUAUCCAGCACAUACUGUAUAUUUGCACUUGUGUGAACCUGUAUCUGUACUUUUCACAUCUUUUUACUUUAGCGUGCUUAUUUAAUCCAUUUUAACUAUUGUGGUAGCACAGGAAUGUUGUCUUUUUCUGUUACUCAAUCUGUUUUUUCUCAAUGAGUCAAGAAAAUGGGAGAAAUCUUUGCUCAGGCAAGACGUCUUUAAAUCAAACUCCCGUCUUUGCUGAAAAUGUUCAGUUGCAGGUACGACAGGUGUUAGCCAGUGUAUCCUGCUACAUGCUGUACGUCAGUGUUUCACACUAAACUUGGUUUCAGCCGUCACAGCACACUAUCCAGGGACAACGUAAACAUGCAUUUUGUCCAAGCUCGCGCUACCAAAAAGGGAAUUUGUGUUUGUGCCGUAGCAGUUCACAGUACUACGUUUAAUAUUGCGUAUUUGCACCCAAAAAACACUAGUGUGGAGAAUUCCUCAGGGAGAUGGAGUAUCAUAUUAAACACGUGCUGUGGAUCAAAACACCGUGAGCUGAUCUCUAACUCAGGGAAAAACAAAACUACCAGCAGACGUACACAGAUCCUGUGUAUACCGUUAUACUUUCCAGGGGUUUUUUUUUAAAUAAAUGAUUCUUUUGUGGGAAAAA